AUGGCUGAAAUCAGGAGGAAGCUUGUUAUCGUUGGUGAUGGUGCUUGUGGAAAGACGUGUUUGUUGAUAGUUUUCUCUAAAGGAACAUUCCCUGAGGUCUAUGUUCCGACCGUCUUCGAGAACUAUGUAGCAGAUGUGGAGGUUGAUGGAAAGCACGUCGAGCUUGCGCUAUGGGAUACGGCAGGGCAAGAAGAUUAUGACCGUCUCAGACCUCUCAGUUACCCAGACACCCAUGUCAUUCUUAUCUGCUUUGCUGUUGACUCACCAGAUUCUCUGGACAAUGUUCAAGAAAAGUGGAUUUCCGAGGUGAUGCACUUCUGCGCCGGUCUUCCCAUCAUUCUUGUUGGCUGCAAGAACGACCUCAGACGUGACCGACGAGUGAUUGACGAGCUCAAGAAGACGAGCCAGAGACCUGUAACUCCUGAGGAGGGUAUGGCGGUAGCGAACAAGAUUGGCGCGAGGCACUAUCUCGAGUGCUCGGCCAGAACAGGCGAGGGCGUUCGCGAAGUCUUCCAAUAUGCUACAAGGGCUGCACUUCUUAGCCGGCCCAAGAAUAGCAAGAAACACCACUGCGUGGUUGUGUAG